AUGAAGCUGGGAUACUGCCCCAGCGCGCACAGGAAUUCCAACGUGAUGAAUUUGAGCCAGUACCCGUUCAGGAGGCACUCGUGGAUCUGCUCUGGACAGAACCUGCUGAAGACACCACAGUCCUCUGAGAACCUGCUGAAGACACCACAGUCCUCUGAGAACCUGCUGAAGACACCACAGUCCUCUGAGAACCUGCUGAAGACACCACAGUCCUCUGAGAACCUGCUGAAGACACCACAGUCCUCUGAGUCUGAGAGAACCUUCUACAUGUCUGCUGUGGACCAGGCCUUACAGAGUCCAAACGGACACCUGGACCUGUUUCUGCGCUUCCUCCUGGGGCUGUCUCUGCCGACCAAUCAGAGGCUGCUGUCAGACUCAGACCUGCAGGACUUUGACCUGAGGAAAUACCGGGCCUCAGAGACAGCUCUCCUGGGUCUGCUGCCGGUGGUCAGAGCGUCCACAAAAGUCCUGUUGAGGGAGUGUGGACUGUCCCCUCACAGCUGUGGUCCUCUGGCCUCAGUCCUCAGCUCCUCCAGUCUCACACAUCUGGAUCUGAGUAACAACGACCUCCAGGACUCAGGAGUGGAGCUGCUGUGUUCUGGACUGAAGAGCGCCCCCUGUGGACUGCACACUCUCAGGCUGUCUGGAUGUCUGAUCUCAGAGAGGGGCGGGGCUGCUCUGGCCUCAGCUCUAAGCCCCGCCCCCUCCCAUCUGAGAGAGUUGGACCUGAGCUACAACCAUCCAGGAGGUUCAUCAGAGCUGCUGAAGGCUCUACAGGACGACCCACACUGCCCCCUGCAGGAACUCAGUUAA